AUGGAGUGCAUUACAACGGUAUCUUACUCCAUUUUGGUUAAUAGGGAGCCAAAGGGCUUGACUAAACCUUCUAGGGGCUUGAGACAGGGUGAUCCCCUUUCUCCAUAUCUGUUUCUCUUUUGUGCGGAAGGGUUGAAUGCCAUUCUCAGGAAAGCGGCUUUGAAUGGGGAAAUUCAAGGAUUUUCUGCAAGUUGUAAUGGACCUAAGAUUACUCAUCUUUUCUUUGCCGAUGAUUGUCUCUUGUUUUGCAGAUCUACUUUGGAGGAGUGCGAGAAAAUUCAAGAGCUUUUAUCCUUGUAUGAAGCUGCCUUGGGCCAAAUGCUUAAUAAGAAUAAGACAACUUUGUUCUUUAGCAGAAAUACUGAUGAACAGAUGAAGGAGGCAAUCAAAUCAUCUCUAAAUGUCCCAGCCAUUCAACACUACGAGAAGUAUUCAGGGCUCCCUUCUUUUGUAGGGAGAGCGAAAAAACAAGGCUUUACUCAUUUGAAGGAAAGAAUUUGGGCGAAGAUGCAGGGGUGGAAGGAGAAAUUAUUGUCCCAAACUGGAAAAGAAGUCAUGAUCAAGGCGGUGGUUCAAUCUAUUCCCACAUAUUCCAUGAGUGUCUUUAAAAUACCGGUUGGGUUGUGUAAAGACAUUGAAGCCAUGAUUCGAAGGUUUUGGUGGGGUCAAGGGGAUUCAAAGAAGAUCUAUUGGGUCAAGUGGAGUACUCUUUGUUCCUCAAAGACCGUGGGAGGUAUGGGUUUUAGAGAUAUUCAGAAAUUUAAUAAUGCUUUGCUUGCUAAACAGGUAUGGCGUUUGCUUCACCAAAAGGAAACGUUGUUAUAUAAGGUUUUUAGUGCGAAGUAUUUUCCAAUGGGGAAUAUCCUUGAGGCUUUGGUUCAUCCUAAAUGCUCUUAUGCAUGGCGGAGUAUAUUGCAGGCGCGUGAUGUAGUACAUAGAGGUGCAAUGUGGAGAGUUGGAGAUGGGAGUUCCAUUGCUAUUUGGGGUCAAAGAUGGCUGCCUGACCAACCUAAUGGUAGAGUUAUUUCACCAAAACUUGCUUCCACUAUGACUUGUGUUAAGGAUUUAUUUUAUCUUGGUACAAGGAUUUGGGAUCCAGGGCUAUUGGAGAGGACCUUUGUGCCUUGGGAAGCUGAAUUGAUUAAAAAUAUCCCAAUUAGUGAGGGGUGGUCAGAAGACUUGCUGAUCUGGCCAUUGACUCCAGAUGGACACUAUAGUGUUCGUAGUGCCUAUCAUAUACUGUCUGAGGAUGAAAGCAGGCAAGAACCGGGUUCGUCCUCCUCCAAAAAUUCACAUCAGGAUGUCAGGCCGAGAAUUGGAGGUACAUCAACUCGCUGGAUUUCUCCUCAGGAUACGUUCUAUAAAGCAAACUUUGAUGCGGCUAUAUUUGAAGAUUUGGGUUGUGCAGGUUUGGGAGUGGUGAUCAGAGAUUGUCAUGGCCAUGUUAUAGCUGCCUUAAGUCAGAAAAUCCGGAAGCCUAACUCAGGUGAAGCUGCUGAAGCAUUAGCUGCUUGCCGAGCUGUUGUGUUCGCAAAAGAAUUAUGUAUUUUUAAGGUGAUUGUGGAACGGGAUUGUUUGAGGGUGGUGCAAGCCUUGAAAGCAAAGGAGAGGUGUAACACUCUGUACGGGAAUAUAAUUGAAGAUGCGCGCAAUCAAAGUUUGUCCUUACAGUUUUGUCAAUUUCAGCAUGUUCGCCGGGAUGGUAAUAAGUUGGCACAUGCUCUAGCUACGAGAGCGGUUUCAUCCGCAGAUUUUGAUGUAUGGGUAGAAGAUCUACCUAGUGAGUUGGAGGUUGUAUUCCAAUCUGAUUUACCUUAA